GAAAAUAAUGCAUUUAUAUAAAUGUGUAUCUUAUUAUUCUCAUAGAUUCCCUUUUUUUAAUAAAGGGAAAAGUAUUAGCAAUACAUUUUUAAAUUAAGUAAUAAAUUAAAGAGAAAGUAGCAGAUUAAAAGAGAGAAACAUCGCUGUAACAAACGAACGUAAUAAAACAUAUGUGAUCUGCGACAAGAGCAUGAAACGUUAGGACAAUGUUCAUGAUUCGAUACAAAUUCGUUGUAGCGUAUGAUUAUAAUAUUUGAAAUAAUUGACUAUUUCUCAUUCCUAAUCACUGUGAUAAUUUAAAUUUCGAAGAUGCCCGUCGUGGACUGUAAAUUAGAUUCAUCUGUAAUAAUGGAUAAUACAAACAAUAAGCAACAUACUCAUAAUGAUAAAGAAAAGGAAAAAGAAAAUCAAAUAAAACAUGAAGACAACAAAAUUGCCAAAAAUACAAAUUCAGAUGUACUGUAUACAACACGUUUGGAUUCUGCAAAUCAAGAAGAUAUUGGAAAAAAGAUUUUGUCAUUGAAACAUAUAUUGGAAAAGGAUUUAAAAGCAGCUGAUUUGAAAUGGUCCUUGUUUGUAGCAGCUUGUAAUACAUAUCGCUAUGACACAUGUUUAAAACCAUUUCCACCAAUGUAUAUAAAAAAUGAGUGCAAGGAUAUUGAAGCUUUGAGAAGAGCUAUAGAACUAAUUCCUCCAUUGGCUGUAAUAUUUGAAGCAUUGUCAGAAUCAGAUGUAUACGAUAGAUAUGGAACUGCUAUAGAACUUUUACAUUGGAUUUUAGUACGACUGAGAGAUCCUUAUAUAAAAAGUAUUAACAAAGAGUCUUAUGAUUCAAUACUGAGGAAAAUCCCUUCAGAGAUGUCAGUAGCUGCACCAAAUUUAAUAUUUCAAGUUGCAAGUGCAAAGCAAUCUACUUCAGAAGAAAAAUGGAAAACAAUUGCUCAAGGACAUUCAACUUUUUAUGCUUAUCAUGGCAGUCGGUUAGAGAAUUUUCAUUCCAUCAUACAUUAUGGUCUACAGCAAACUAUGUGUAAGAGAUCAUUAUUUGGUAAAGGAAUAUAUCUUUCAAGUGAAUUAGGUGUAAGUUUACCAUAUAGUCCUGUAGGGUAUGGAUGGGGAGGUAGUAUGCUAGGAAGUGAAAUGAGUUGCAUAGCUUUAUGCGAACUUAUUAAUCAUGUUGAUGUAAAAACUGGGGAUUCAGAAGAUAAUGCUCGCAGAGCAGUCACAGAUUCUAUGGGUGGAUUGGUACCAAAUAAGUAUUAUUUGGUUGCAAAUAGUGAAUUGGUAAGAGUACGUUAUCUUCUUGUUUACAGUCAAGAAGUUCAAACAACAAGGUGUAAUGAUAACAAAGGAUUGUUAGCAUGGUUCAAACAACAUAAAUUAUUAACAUUUACAACCAUAAAUCAGGAAAAUGUGAAGAAUUUGAAGUCUUCAACAACUUCAAUACCCUUAAAGACAAAAAGAGCUGCUUUAGGAGAAAUAGGCAAUAAAGUGAACACAUUAAGAGGUGUAGAGCCUAUUAAUAAACCUAGUUUAUUACCAAAAGAAAAGAAAAAUGUAGCAGCACUAAAACAAAUUAUUAAACCAGCGGAAAAGAUAUCAGAAAAAGCACCUGUACAGAUAGUGAAGCCUGUAGUAAAAGUUAUAGUUCCUCAAGAAAAUAAUGUGGUGCCAGUUCCUUCAAAAAAGGAAGUACAAUCAUUCUCUUCAGAUCUUUUGGAAGUUGAGGAUAUUGAUGAAGAAGAUAAGGGAAAUCCUAGUCUAGUUUCUAUUUAUAGUAAUGACAUAUAUGCAUACCUAAGAGAUCUAGAGAGUAAGUUUCCUAUCACAAAAGGAUAUCUAAAUGGUCUGGAAGUUACACCAAAAAUGAGAAGUGUACUCAUUGAUUGGCUAGUCGAAGUUCAUCAACAGUUUCAUUUAAUGCAAGAGACAUUAUAUCUUACUGUUGCUAUUAUUGAUAGAUUUUUACAGGCUUUCCAUUCAAUAGAUAGAAAAAGGCUUCAAUUAGUUGGUGUAACAGCUAUGUUUAUUGCCAGCAAAUAUGAAGAAAUGUAUUCUCCAGACAUAAAUGAUUUUGUAUAUAUCACAGAUAAUGCAUAUUCAAAGUUAGAGAUAUUACAAAUGGAGAUGCUUAUUGUAAAAACACUGGACUACUCUUUUGGCAGACCAUUGCCUUUACAUUUUCUUAGGAGGUACAGCAAAGCUGGAAAGGCACUUCCCAUACAUCAUACAAUGGCUAAAUAUUUCUUAGAGCAAAGUUUGGUAUAUUAUGAAAUGUGUCACUAUCCACCAAGUCUUAUUGCAGCUGCAGCAAUAUAUUUAGCCUUUGCAAUUAUUGGUACCGAUGACGAGGACGAAAAAGUUGUCUGGACACAUACUUUGGCGCAUUACAGUACUUAUAUUAAAAAUGAUGUGUUACCCGUGGUGCGGGAGACAGCAAUUAUUAUGAUUAACGCGGAUAAAAGCAAAUAUCAAGCUGUAAGGAAAAAAUACGCGCAACCAAAAUAUAUGAAGAUCAGUAGUCGUCCCGAACUUAGAUCGUCAGCUAUGAUUGCUAUAGCUACCGCGAAUAAGGAACGAGUAUAAUAGGCAUUUUAAGUGGUAAUUGUAGAUAAAUGUUGGUUUGUUCAAUAUUAUGUUGGACAAAAUAAGUUGCAGCUUAAAUAGACGAUCCAUUUUCAGAAGGGAAAACAGAAACCGGAAAUGAAAAAAGAGAGACGAGACUAUCUUCAUUCAUCCUUAAAUUAAUUCAUUAUUUCUAAUGAUGACUUUCACUUCGAAAUUUAUUGAAGUAAAUGAAUUAAAAAAGCCUAUUACGUAUAUGUGUGGAAUAUUACCAUAAUCAAAAUCAUUGGAUUAAUUGAUCAUUUUUAUAUUUAUAUAAAGUAUGUAAUAAAAGAAUAUGUAAUUGCUAGAAAAAAUUUAAAUUUUUGUGUAUUUUCAAUCUCUAGUUAAAACUUGAAACGUGUGAAUGAUAGUCUCGUUUAUAAUUAUGAAUGUUGAAAUGUUUGUUUUAAAGGUGCGAGUCCUAUUAAAAAUAAGACAUAGCCAUCUUAAUUCUGAAUAUUACGGGAUUAUACAAAGUUCGUAAGAAAAGAAAAACUUAAACAAGGAAUUACGUGUAAUUUAUAUCGAGUAUCUUUUAUUCGUAAGUAUAAUGGACUGUCAUAUGUAGAGUAGUUUAUUUGUUAAAAGUAUAUGUUUACACGUAAAUUACUUAUUAAAGGUUUUCUUUAUCUCUCCACGUAAUUACAGAAUUUAGAUUUAUUGUAUACAAAGUUUUCUAGUAUAGGCAAAAAGGGAAGAAGCAUGAGAGUAUAGUAAAGUUUUAGAGACAAGUUUAUAUUUUGGAUUAUUAUAGUAAAACGAACGACGUUUGUCAGAAGAUCUUGGUUUAAAUUCAAUAAAAAUUCGACAAAAUGACGUAAUAUGUAAGUAUUAAAGAAAAAAAAAAUUUUAAAUACAAAUCCGUUCUCCACAAAUAUUAAAAAUUGUAAGUUUUUUUGAAACAAAAAAAAA